AUGUCUCUGCUGGCCCCCAUCAUCUGUGACAAUGGAACUGGAUUCUCGAAAGUUGGCUUUGCCGGUAACUCUGAUCCCUCAUUUGUCUUCCCAACCGCCAUCUGUACGCGCGGACCAGUGCAACAGUCGACACGAUCUGGACCAUCAGUACCUCCUCGACCAGGGAACCUCGCGUCAAAGCGCGGCGUAGAGGACCUUGACUUCUUCAUAGGUGACGAAGCUCUCGCGAACGCGCAGACACCGGGCUAUGGAGUAUACUACCCCAUUCGUCAUGGUCAGAUUGAGAAUUGGGACCAUAUGGAGCGUUACUGGGAGCAGACCAUCUUUAAAUACCUUCGUGCGGAGCCCGAGGAUCACUACUUCCUCCUGACUGAGCCACCAUUGAACCCUCCCGAGAACCGCGAGCAAACCGCUGAGAUCUUCUUCGAGUCCUUCAACAUCAAGGGUCUCUAUAUCGCCGUGCAGGCCGUGCUCGCGCUGGCUGCAUCCUGGUCCUCGAACCGCGUCACGGAUCGCACGCUCACCGGCACUGUCAUUGAUUCUGGCGACGGUGUCACACACGUCAUCCCCUGCGCUGAAGGCUAUAUCAUCGGCAGCGCGAUUAAGCACAUCCCCAUCGCUGGGCGCGAUAUCACACAAUUCGUGCUUAACCUCAUGCGUGAGCGCGGUGAGAUGGCUACCGUCCCGCCGGAGGAACAGCUUAAGGUUGCGAGCAAGGUGAAGGAGAAUUACAGCUACGUGUGCCAGGACAUCGUCAAGGAGUUCAGGAAGUACGACCAGGAACCGUAUAAGUAUUUCGAGAGAUAUGAUGGGGAGUAUACGGUGACUGGUCGGAAAUACUCGGUGGAUGUUGGAUACGAGCGAUUCCUUGCUCCUGAAAUCUUCUUUAACCCCGAGAUCUAUUCUUCGGACUUCCUGACGCCGCUGCCGGAGAUUGUAGAUGGUGUCAUCCAGCAAUCGCCCAUUGAUGUUCGUCGCGGUCUUUACAAGAACAUCGUCCUCUCAGGAGGUUCCACCAUGUUCCAGCACUUUGGCCAGCGCCUUAAGCGGGACUUGAAGCAGCUCGUUGACCGCAGACUGGAUGCGAGCGUCCUGGCGAGCGGUAGCCACAUGAAGUCUUCCGGAGUCGAGGUCGAAGUCAUCUCUCACAAGCGUCAACGCUACGCAGUCUGGUUCGGUGGCUCAUUGCUUGCAUCUCUUCCGGAGUUCUACUCUUCCUGCCACACAAAGGCGCAGUACGACGAGAUCGGGCCCAGCAUCUGCAGGCGGUACCAGAUCUUCGGCAGUGCAACAUAG